UCGAGCUGUAUCCUUCACUCCGACUCUGUCUUACACUUGCAAUGUGCUCAUCUCAAGAGUAGUUGUCGAUUGACCCUGGAUGGAUUAAUUAACGGCAGUGAGAGGGCAGCAUUUGAAGUUCUCGUCGUAGAGGAAGAGAAAAAGGUUGUAGUGGUUUCGAGAAAGCAGUGAUGGAAGUGGGGAGGUUUGUUAGACCAGGUUGAGAAAAAAGGUUUGGGGGCUCCCGCGCGAACAGUGCCGGAUUUGUAGCGGAAUGGGUGUUGUUGUCUUUGUGGAGCGUUUUUGGUGAGGCUUGUGGCUAGCGUUGCGAUCGGGGUUGAAUUGUUCCAGAGGCGGGAUGGAAUGUUAAUCGCCCAUGGGCCGACAAGGGGGGUGCUAUGGUUGUUGGAGGUUGGAGUUGGUUUUGAGAACGAGUUGUUGACAUAAAUUUUGAGCUGUUGAUCGUGUUGAGUUUGUUGUUGAACGUGGCGCACGUCCGAUCUGAAAGCCUGGUGCAGGAGAUGAGCAGCGUAGGACGAGGUCGCGGAGUCUGGGUUGACGUUGUUGAGUGAUGUCUAAUCAGUUAUGCAGAGUUUGUGCUGGCUAGGACCGCACAACAGGAUCCAAGUCGAAUAGAUGGAUUCUCAGCUAGUCAUCUCGGACAUGGUGGAGGGGGACAGGAUCCAAAUGCAAGUCAGUGGAGAAAUUACCUCAACAUUUUCAUCCGAGAUUGGAAUCGGUUCUGACAGGCGACCUAGUGUCUCAGGUCCAAGUCGCCCUGAUGUCAUUACUAAGCCCACCUCCAGCUCAAGCCAUCUCCCGCCUCUCUGUGCCACAAAGUCUGGGAAAACCCCUGCUGCUCAUGGGCAAGUACCUCGACCGCAUUUACGAUCCAGAGCGUCACUUGAAAAGAACAAGAUAAACAUUAUUUUGACAGGAACGCCGCUACUUACAAACCCUGGUAUUCCUUCAACAUCUUUGUCGGAUAAGAGGACAUCUUCAUUACCGGUGCCGCGGGCAAACGCGCAUUCUUCUGGAAGCAACUCAGAUUCCGUCAAAGGACACAGCCAUGAAUUGGCAAUUAAUGUUCCAGGACAUGAGAAAGUGAAUCCGAUCAUCCGAUCAUUCUCCACGCCCGUGUUUAUAGAUAAGGCAGACAGUUUUCGCAGGGAUGGAAAAGGGUAUGUGCUGGUUAGAUCUGCCAGUCCGAGACCAUCAUCUGCGCAGCCACCUCGGGAAAAUAAUGAAUCAAGUGGUGUCAGUCACUCCCAUGCCUCAACAGAAUUCGAUGUUGAGAAAGGGAAGGCAUCCGCCAAGGACGAAGUAGAAGAGGCGAUUUCUGAGGAAGAAGCAGUGUGUAGAAUCUGCAUGGAUUCUCUUACAGAGGAUCAUGGUGAGAUUUUAAAAAUGGAGUGUCGCUGCCGUGGUGAGAUGGCUCUGGCACACAAGGAAUGUGCAUUUAAGUGGUUCGGUAUCAAAGGAGAUCGAGUGUGCGACGUGUGUGGCUCUGUUGUGCAAAACAUUCCAGUGACAGUAGUUCGAUAUUCUGGUCAUGAGCAAACAGUCAGUCAUUCACGAUCUAUAGAUGCACAAACUGUGAAUAGAGUCUCUGUGUGGCAGGAUAUCCCUGUUAUGGCUAUUAUCAGCACGAUGGCUUAUUUCUGCUUCAUUGAGCAAUUGCUGGUCAACAAAUUGGGUACCAAAGCGCUUGCCAUAUCGAUUCCUUUUUCAAUCAUCAUAGGUCUCCUUGCUUCAGUUACCACUAUUGCUCUAGUUACUAAGCGGUAUAUUUGGCUGUACGCCUCUGCUCAAUUUGCCCUCGUCUGUAUGUUUGGAUACGUGUUUUUCUUUAUGACUAAGUUGGAGGCCGUUUUAGCAGUACUCCUCGCAGCUUUUUCGGGGUUUGGCGUAGCCAUGACCAGCAACGCUCUCAUCCUAGAAUACAUGCACUGGAAGACUUACACGGCUAGAAGGGCCCAACAAGCAGCAAGUGUUAUGGAUGUAGAAGUCUCAUUUCGACAAGAAUCUGCAAGCGGUGAACUAGCACCAGCUAGUUCGCAGUGGUCUCGAGAGCUGAACACCUCGCAGGUCUCCAGUGUUUUAGAUAUCGGAAGUGACUCUGCAACUGCAAGGAGUCCUAGCUCCCGCAGCCAGGCUCCUUCAGAGACCCACUCCAUGCACUGUUCAUGAGAGCUGGAAGGUUGGGAUUCUUUUUGUUUUUCUCUCGCAUAAUAUUCAAAAAUGACAAUUCUUGUAAUUGAGUGAGUUAAUAGGGGCAGUUUCUUGAUUCAGGAGCUUGAGCUGAUAUUGACCGCGUCAGGUCUCAGUGGCACCCUCGACUGUAGCUUUAUGGUCAAUCGCAUUUUUUGGUGCGCCUUUCUCAGCCCAAAGUUGAGUGAUUUCUGGAGCUCUUAAACUUUGUAUUGUAAGGUAUAGAACGUGACUAGAUGUUCGGAGUGCGCCUCUCCGUAUGUAGACAUUGUUAAUUUAGCAUAUAAAAUCGAGCAAUGUUAUUGAGUUGAUAGGUUUACCAUUGAACACUUGAAUUAUUUAUUGCUACGACAUGUGGCCAACUUGAAUUUUAGAAGUGAUUGGCAUCAUUUUGUGCCUGCAAGGUACACUACAUUGCGAAUAACUGAAUUGUUUCCCAAGGAAAUCAUAUUUAGUGUUGUGGAUGUCAGGUAGCUUGAGAAAUAUUUUUUGGAAUCGGUUUCUCAAAAUCCUUACCCUGAUGACAGAGUGCCAUGCAUAUGCAUAUUUUUCAUUGGUAUUCUACCUAGUUUGUGUUUUUGGUUAGUUGUUGAAAACGUUUCGUUGAGAUGUCAGUUCAUAUUGUUGGACAGGAUGUUAUAGACAGAUUACUUCACUGAUCAGUGGAAUUAUUUGCACAUUUAAUGUGCAGAUUCGCAUGAGGAUGCUAAAACGCUUUUGCUACUCGUGAUCUGAAUCACAGAGAUGCAGUUUUAUGCAGUGACUUCCUUGUUAGAGGUAUAACCCUACAGGUCAAUGUCGGAUAUUAGGGCCAUUAUCAACAGAAACUAAAGUGGAUGGCAUUGUUUCCUUUUGAGGGACUGUAGGGGCUACGACCUUUUUAAGGCUAGGAAGGCAUGCGUACUUGAGUAAUUGUCCGUGAAUGAUUACUCAGAUCCUGAGUGGGUGAACCUCCAGGUUUCUCUUGGAACUGAUAUCCUAGUUUGCAGCAUUGUUCGAUAGUCAACACAGCAACACAAUAUAAUUGUACCUGUAACGGCCAAAACGCCACUUUGAGACAGAACCAAACCAAUCAGCGGUGGGGUUCCAUGUUCCUAUUGUGAACUGGCUGCCCACAAACACGAGACGGGCUCUGCAUCUCUAGGGUAUGUGUAACUGUCAAACUCUUUUUGAAGAAAGAACGGAAAGCGAACAGGCUGCUGAUUUCUCAUUAACUUCAAGGUUGUUGUGUCUACAACGGCAAGUUAACUGUCUUCUUCAAGGAAACUAACUGCACCUUGCAUAACGUUGUUAUAUGGAAAUAAAUGCAUUCUUCAUUAGCUUC